CCCUGCAGCCAGGACAAAGCCAUGAAGCCGGCGCUGCUGGAAGUGAUGAGGAUGAACAGAAUUUGCCGGAUGGUGCUGGCCACUUGCUUGGGAUCCUUUAUCCUGGUCAUCUUCUAUUUCCAAAGUAUGUUGCACCCAGUCAUGCGGCGGAAUCCCUUUGGUGUGGACAUCUGCUGCCGGAAGGGGUCCCGAAGCCCCCUGCAGGAGCUCUACAACCCCAUCCAGCUGGAGCUCUCAAACACCGCAGUCCUGCACCAGAUGAGGCGGGACCAGGUGACAGACACCUGCCGAGCCAACAGCGCAAUGAGCCGCAAGCGGCGGGUGCUGACCCCCAACGACCUGAAGCACUUGGUGGUGGACGAGGACCACGAGCUCAUUUACUGCUACGUGCCCAAGGUGGCCUGUACCAACUGGAAGCGGCUCAUGAUGGUCCUGACGGGGCGCGGGAAAUACAGCGACCCCAUGGAGAUCCCGGCGAAUGAGGCCCAUGUCUCGGCCAACCUGAAGACACUGAACCAGUACAGCAUCCCAGAGAUCAACCACCGCUUGAAAAGCUACAUGAAGUUCCUGUUUGUGCGGGAGCCCUUCGAGAGGCUGGUGUCGGCCUACCGCAACAAGUUCACCCAGAAGUACAACACCUCCUUCCACAAGCGAUACGGCACCAAGAUCAUCAAGCGCCAGCGCAAGAACGCCACCCAGGAGGCCCUGCGCAAAGGGGACGAUGUCAAGUUCGAGGAGUUCGUGGCCUAUCUCAUCGACCCCCACACCCAGCGGGAGGAGCCGUUCAACGAACACUGGCAGACCGUCUACUCCCUCUGCCACCCCUGCCACAUCCACUACGACCUCGUGGGCAAGUACGAGACACUGGAAGAGGAUUCUAAUUACGUCCUGCAGCUGGCAGGAGUGGGCAGCUACCUGAAGUUCCCCACCUAUGCCAAGUCUACGAGAACUACUGAUGAAAUGACCACAGAAUUCUUCCAGAACAUCAGCUCAGAGCACCAAACGCAGCUGUACGAAGUCUACAAACUCGAUUUUUUAAUGUUCAAUUACUCAGUGCCAAGCUACCUGAAAUUGGAAUAAAGGGGAUGGGGAGAGGGAGAGAAUCAUGCUUUUUAAUUUAAGAUUUUUAUUUGUCAAAAGAAUUAUAUGGAUAUUGGGU